CUCACCAGCAGGUGACAAAGACAACGUUGACAACACAAUAUAUGCUCUUCCUGUGGUGGUGGAUGGACAGAUCCAGAGUUGGCUGACUUUGAACUCUUGGUGAUCAUGAGUGCCACAAUAGAGCCGACCUCUGCCACCUGCCAGGUCCGCACUUCCUACCUGCCAGACGAGAUCCUCUGGGGUUACGAGUUCCCCCCCGUCGUCUCUCUCUCCCAGUCUGGCAAAUAUGUAGCAGACUUUUCCUUCUUUGACAAAGUGGCGAAGACCAAGACGACCCCUGUUUUCAAAUCAACCAGUUUGCAACACGAAUACCAGAGCAACGGAGGUGGACCCAUGUCUGAAGUGACAGACCCGGAGAAAAUUCGCCUGGAGCAGAGCUACAGGGAGCAGCGAGGCGAAGACCGAGGCCGAGUCAGAGACGGCCCCAUAAGUGUUCGAAUCAGCAACGUCUGAACAGCUAAACUGGCUGAAAGUCGGACAUUUUGUAGCAAAACAACAUGAGAGUUUGUGAAGCCUUUCACACAUGUAAGACAAUGAUUGUUUUAAUUUUUUUAUCAAAAUGACUUAAGGCAAAACGUACGGUACGGAUUUUUGUAAGGAAAUAUUUGCUAAAACUGCUGUCAUUUAUUCUCAUCUCGUCACUUCUGAUGGAAUGUCUAAAAAAUCUAUGCUAAAAGAGUCAAGUAAGAGAGAAAUUCAGUGUAAGUCCAGUAUAAUUAAUCUCAAAUUAAACUGAAGGAUGUGAAAUCUACAGAGUUCUACCUUCACGACAACAGAGGAACAUACUUUUUGCCUUGCACACUUAGUGAUGAUCUGACCGUCCAGGGUUUGAAUGCUCAGCACUCCAUAUCGUCUAUUAGUGCCUCCAAUUUGCUUAAAUUGUUUUCAGCUUAUUUAUUUAGAAAGCAGAUCCCUCUCCCCAACCAUGUCAGUCACUCCAAACAUUCACUCACACAGUGAAUCUUUAUCAAAGCAGACAGAGUGUCUGCAUGGCAUAGGAUGAGAUUAAGUCAUUUUUGCAAUCUUUGGAACUGAAACACUUAUAACGCAUAAUGUUUGUAAAUUGUUACUAUAAGAAUUUUUUAAAAAGUUUUUUCCACCUUUUUUAGUGACAUUUUUCGAAAUGAGCCUAGUAAAAACUUAAGAGAGAUAACGCAAAAAAUCUGCAACAACCUGGAGUCAUCAGUGUGCUCAACCUUAAACUCUUUGUUGAAUCUCUUCUUGAUUAAUUUCUCGCAUUCAGUUUCCUUUGGUAGGAGUUUAAUACCCAAUGUCUUGACCUAGAAACAUUUCCCGUGCCCUCUGUGUUCACAGUCUCACCGAUUUAUAAAAUUGAUUAGAACCUAGUUUUGCAUGCGGUGCAGUGGUGAAGCUGGUCUUCUGCUGAUUUAUUUGGAUAGUGAAAAAAAUAUCUUUCUCUUCAGCUUUCUGUAAUAAUCUGUAGCUUUAAGUUUUAUUUAUGUUUCUGUUGCUUCUUUACUUCUACUCUCCUUUUUGCCAUCUUAGUUCAUCCCUUGUAUCAGAUCAGCUGUUUCAUUGUUUCUGUUUUGGAUUCAGUUCUUUCUUUCUGUCAGCUGAAGGUUUUAGAUGAAAUGUAUCUAGCAUGAGGAAAUGUUCAUGACUUUACAGUCUAGUCUUAUAUCAUUUGAGGGAAACGUAACUUUAGAGAAUGAUUCAGUCACCAGCUUGUUUCACUUUGGUUGCUGUUCAUUUGCUGGUUUGUGGUGUUUUUGUGCCAGACUUACCGCCUAUAACUGUGACUAAAAGUUCCAGUUUGUUUCUAUCAAACCACAAUGGGCUUUUAGCCAGAACUUUUCUUUUAAAGGAAAAACAUUUAUCAUGCAGUUCUACCAUAUGACAAAUCCCUGACGUUGCUGUCACAUGUGAACCAUAAUACUUCUUUUUUUAGCAUGACUGUCAUUACUGUGGCAUGACAGAUGAUUCUUGUACAAUCCUCCUGAAAAAAUGCUUUUAAGUUUUUGUUGAACAUUGUUUAAAAAAGUGGCUAAAGUUUUUGAUUAAGGUUAUGCACAUGUUGGCAGCUUUUUAAUUUGAUCCAUCUUCCUUUUUCAGUCGUGUAAAAGGACAUGUUACAUCAAAGGUGGAAAGUAUUUAUCUUGGCCAAAUUUUUAUAUGUCACAAAAAUCUGGUAUUUUACCAGAUUUUUUUUUUGUUCACUCUAGUUGAAAACACGUCACUUAAAACAAAUGAAGUACAAAGUUUGCAAACUUAGACAGUACAUGAAAACAACCGUUUUGUGAAUGUAGAUAACAAAAGCUGAUUUACAUAAACACCCAUUUAUUUAUAGUGUCAUAUAAUCGUGUAAAAGCUGAAAGGUCAGAAACUUAUUCUGGUCUCUUUCGGUACUUCCCAGAGCACUGAAGCAUCACCUUACUCACUCAAAGGUGAGACAGUCUGAAUGUGUUUUUAAAAAGGUGAAAAACAGAAGUAAGGGAUUAAACAUAAAAUACCCCCAGUUUCAAAGAAAAACUAUUUUUCCCCUCUGCUGUUCAAGUGAAUGUUUUAUAAUUUUCUGCACUUUAAAAGUGCUUAACUAAACCCAAAAGGGAAAUUGCUUAAGAUGCAAAUAGCAACGGUUUGUUGAGCACAGAAGCAGAAAGUCCUAUGACUUGAAGUAUUUUCUUCUUAUAUGGAAAGAAAAAAUAACACCCGGCUCAGAAGUCUCUCUCUCAACUUCCUCCUAAGCAUCUGAUCAGUAUUUUAAAAUUUCCUGUUGCAGUUUGCAGUGGAAACUGUUCAGAAAUGUUUUUCUCCACUUUAGAGUUCCUUAUGGUGGAUAGUAAACUGCAUCUGUUAGUGCUGAAUGUAAUUAUUUUGUUAAACUAGAACAUGAUAUCUGUUUCUGUAUCAAAUGAAUAUUGUAGCACUUUAUUGAAGUAAAUAAUGAUUAUUUGCACCUUCAGUAGAUUAGUUGACAAUUUGUUACCAUUUGUAAAAUAUUCCACUGUAAGCACUCUGAAUUUAUAUUGACCAACUUCAUUACAGCUGCUGUAAAUGUAAAAAGAUAGUCAGAAACCUGCUGUUUCUUUGUCAACAACGUGCAAAUGAACAAACUCCAGUGGAUGUAAAUACUCAUGUAGAGAUGCAUCUGUGCCUUCAACAGCGAAGAAAGUCUGUAAGAUGCAAUCACUGCAUAAACAA